GGAAGUCCUGGCUGGAGCCGUGCUCCAUCAAGAAGGGGUAAGCGUCUGGUCUGAAUGAAAGGCAGCCUUUGGUGGUAAUAUAACAGCAUUAUCAAUGGAUCAGGAAAAGCAACGCGGACGUAAGGCAGCUCUUGCUAUAGCUGCCAUAGUUGUUGUCGUGGGAAUUCCGCUGUGGUGGAGAACGACAGAGACCUAUCGUGCCUGGCUGCCGAUGUCACAAAUCCGUGAGCUGGAUUCAUUGCAUCUGCACCUUACUCUGGAAGUGGAGGUGGUAUUUGCCCAGGGCACACUUACGCCUGAUCAACAACAGAAGCUUCCACUGAGUCAGGUUCGUGAACAAGAGCACCAGGUGGAUGGCGAAACAGCUCUGAAGUAUAGAUACGAGACCAAAUACCGCACAGCCACGAUCAUGGAGGAAGACGCCCUGAAUCAGCCAAACGCAGCCGAGGCAGAUAAGUCCUUGCACAUCCUGAGUGAGAGUGCUUGUGGUUCUGUUGUUGUAUAUGUGUUGCCUGAAUCUUCGACACUACUAGCAGAAGAUAUAAAAGCAUACGUGGGUCUGAAAAGAACAGCACUGGUCAAAUUUGAACUCAGAAAAGCAGGAACAGGAUUGAAGGAAGUUCUCUCUGCAAUAGACCCUGAAGUGGAGCAGGUGGUCCACACUAUGUCCUUCAGCCAUCAGGACAUCAUUGCAGCACUUAGCAACCGCGUCAGACUGGCCAAGAUGAGCAGGGAGAGCCUGGUGGACAGCAUGAGAGCCUUCAAAUCCAGUCCUGGCUAUGAGAUCACAUUCAGUCUGCUGAAUCCCAGCCCCCAGUCCCACAGGCUGCAGUGGGACAUUGAAGGUGCGGUGCAGCAAUACAUCCAGCCUUUACUUGACAAGAUGUCUGUUGUGGCCAAUUUCUCUGUGGAUUCUCAAAUUCUGUACUAUGCUGUUCUUGGGGUGAAUCCUCGCUUUGACAAAACUGCAUCAUUCUACACACUCAGUGCUGACAGCCUUGCCCAUGUCAUUAACCCAGUGGAAGCCAGGCUAGGCUCCAAUGCAGCAUCCUCCAACCCUGUGCUCAACUUCCUCCUCUAUGUCCCAGACCCCCACCACUCUCCACUCUUCAUCCGCGACCAUAGGAAACGGGAAGUCCCAUCAAAUGCGUUCCACAGUCCUCGUUGGGGUGGCAUUAUGGUCUAUAAUGUGAAUGACAUGUACAACAACGACACCAGCUUCCCAGCUGAUCUCAAUAUCGAUAUGAGUAAAGUGAUGGGUGUUUUCUUGGCACAGCUCAGGCUCCUGUUAGGGAUUCAGCAGGUUCAUCCCCCGAAAGGCUUUGAACUCCAGGGCCCAGGCAGUGCAGGAGUGGCCGACUGGGAGCUGGACCGGCUUCUAUGGAGCCGCAGUGUGGAGAAUGUGGCUACGGCCAGUGCGACGAUCACCUCUCUUUCCCAACUACUGGAUGAAAUUGGUAACAUUGUUAUUAAUGACAAUAUUGCUCAACAAGUACUGAAUGCAGUGACUUCCCUACAGGCAGCUAUUGCUGAGCUGGAGGCUGGAAACUUAGCCUUUGCGUUGCAGUACAGCAGAGAAGCUAUUUUGGCGUCUGAAUGUGCCUUUUUCGAUCCAUCAUUGUUGCAUUUGCUCUAUUUCCCUGAUGAUCAGAAAUUUGCCAUCUACAUCCCUCUGUUCUUACCAAUGUGUGUCCCGAUACUGCUCUCACUGCUGAAGAUUUUUAGUGAGAUGCGACAAAGGAGAUCUGAGAAAAGCGCCAAAAAAGACUAACAACUGUCUCUCUUUCUUAACCAUACACACACACACACACACACACACAAAAACACACACACAAACACACACACACACAAACACACACACACAGAUGUACGCACUUGCGCGUGCCAACACACGCUCACACUGUUUGAACUGUCCUCAGGUAAUGCACUGAACGAUAGGAGACACUGGAGCAGAGCCUAAUUAACUGUUUGGUCAAUGUUAUUGACUCUGUAUCUAGGCACUGAUAAUAAUGUAUUUAAAGUCUGUUUUGUUUAAUGAGUAAAAAUAAGAAUGUUUUCUUUAAGGAAUUACAGUAAAAACAUGGAAUGUUUG